AUGACUGCAGAGAUUAACCGCAGGGUUAACGAAGCAGUCAACGCAAGCAUACGUCCUCUUCAGGACCAGAUGACGCAGCUCUUGACAGCUCUGAACGGGCUUAUGUCAACAGAUAGAGCGACCCCUACGCCGCUUACGAGCAGCGUACCCACACCGUCCACCGCCGAUACAACUAUACAGGCAAUAAGCGACGGUAUAACAAUAGCAACGGAAGGGCGAAAGAAGCCCCUGCUAAACCCCCCGAAGUUCACGGGAAGGCGUAAGGACUACGCAGCAUGGGCCCAGCAGAUGCGCGAUAAGAUAGAGCUAGAUGCAAGGUAUAUUAGCAGUAAUGCUGAUAUCUGGUACUUUAUCAACUCCUGCCUUGAUAGCGGGCCACAGCAGGUUGUAGCUACCUUCUACGCAGCAGGAGGUCCAGGUGGGCAGAAGGACUCUGUCGAAUUCCUGAAGUACCUUGACCGGACGCGGAAGCCUCUCAGCCCUACGAAGGCUAAGAAGGUCAAAAAGGUCAAGAAGGACCCUAAGCCUGAAGGAAGCAAUCGCUCUGAGCAGGUACUAGGCAGCUUCAGCGACAUUAUAGGCGCUACGAAAGCAACAGGCGUAGUUGUCUUUAACCUCGAGCUGUGCGGUUAUGAUGAGAAGAUCUUUGCGUAUACUAAGGCUCUUACGAGGAAGACUGAGAAGGCAGACCUAAAGGCCCUCCUUCCACCAGCUGUACUAGCUGAGUUCCAAGAGCUAUUCCAACCUGACGAAGCUGCUAACCUUCCUCCGCAUCGCCCUGGAGUCAACCACACGAUCCCUAUCAAACAGGAGAGCAACGGCAACGAGGCUGCACUACCAUGGGGGCCGCUCUACAGCAUGUCACGAGAAGAGCUUCUCAUCCUCCGUAAGACCCUGAGAGACCUACUAGAUAAAGGCUUUAUCUGCGCUAGUAGCUCAGAAGCAUCAGCCCUAGUACUGUUUCGUAUACGAAGCGACCUCGCUAUGGAUUUUAUUACCAACCUUCCCCUUACGGAUAAGGGUGAGGGAUACCUUUGGGUAAUUAUCGACCGGCUAGGAAAAGGUGUAACCCUUGAAGCUAUAGAAAGUAUGGAAGCUGAAGCCUGCGCUGAACGAUUCCUAAGCUGCCACUUCCGCUUCCACGGCGUCCCUACUUCAAUUGCGAAUAACCUCCCAGCAGCCCAACUAGCGCUCUGCAGCCGCGAUAGCAGCGCUAUAGGCAUGAGCAGCUUCUUCUUAGAACACAGAUACCACCCAGAGCCUGUCCGGGUUCAAGAGACAGACCCAGAAGACCAUGAGGGCCCUCGUGAGGACCUAGCACGCAAGUUAGUAACAAGGCUCCAGGACGUGAUGGAUAUAGCACGGUCGACCCUUGCCUCAACGCAGCAACGCUAUGAGGAGCUGGCUAAUAGGAAGCGCCAGCCUACGGAGAGACUAGAAGCAGGCGACAAAGUCUGGCUUCAUAUAGGCCACUACAGGUCCCCUAGGCUAUGCAAGAAACUGGAUUAG